AUGAAUCGAAACCUAAUUAUAAAAACCAUUUUCCUAACAAUUUUAUUUCCCUUGAUAAACGGAAAUGAGAAAAGAUGUUCGGGAAAAGAUGCACUGUCUAUGGAAGAGGAUUGUGUAAUAAUUGAGAAGUCCAAACUGAUUAUCACUGGAGAAUAUGAUGACGUGGAAUCUGUGAAGGAGACGUUGGCCAAGAUUAGGGUGAUUGAAGCCGGUGUUGAAGUCGUAGGAACCAGUUAUGAAGUUUUCGAUUUCCUGAGGCAAGUGGAAGAAAUCAAGAAUCCAAAUGGACCCGCAUUGACAUUCAAGAAUAAUAAAAAUCUGAAAAGUAUCAAAAUGGAAAACUUGAAACUUUUGGCUGGAAAAGAGGAGGAUGUGCUAUUCGACAACGACAAUUUCCCAAUAGAAGUCUACGAGAAUUCGAAUGCUCUCCAAGAAAUGCUCCAUUUGAAAGCUGCAGCUCGGCCAUCCCUUGCAAACAAGAAGUGCUCCGUAGAGUUCAUCCGGAUCGUAGAACCAGAAGUUUCUGGAAGUGGAUGGUUACUGUACACUCUGAUUGCCACGUGUGUCGUUUUGACAGUUUUUGUCAGUUUUCAAACAUUUUACCUAGUGAAAGAGAAAAGAAAGAAGAAGAAGAAGAAGAAGAGUAAAAUGAGUAAGAGGAAGAAAAAGAGCAAGGAAAGAUCCAGAAGAAGUCGAAGAGAAGAGCUGAAGUGA